GAAAGAGCACAAUACAGAAGACAAUAUUGCGCGUCAGAGAGAAGAAGAUGACAGAUAUGUUUUUCGGGUUAUUUUUACUUUUGGUUAUUUUCAGUAAUGUUAGUGUUGCUGAACAUAAGCAGGAAGAAAAGAGAAUAUUGAUAGACGAUAACUAUUACACUUUGGUUUCACGAUUGGAUGCACUAGAGAAGGAGGUGACCGAUCUAAAGUCCAACUGUGCGAGUGGUUCCCAUAAAGAGGUGGCAUUCAUGGCCGAGUUAACCAAGACUAUUACCGGACAGAAUCACCAUAUCUACUUCGAUGACGUCAAAUUGAACAUCGGGAAUGCCUACAAUCCGCACCACGGAACGUUUGUUGUGCCGGUAAACGGUACGUACCAGUUCUCGGUAACCGCAUGCUCUAGUGGCAACCAUUAUAUUGUGCUUGAACUGAAUGCAAACAACGUCAUGAUAAGCAAGUAUUCCAAGUUUCAUGUAGAUAGAUUGACAUUUUUGAAUAAUGGGCAACAUUAA